UCUAAAACUAAAACGAGGCAGUAACUAAGCACUUUGGAGAAAGCAUCCAUGGUACUUACCCACUCAAAUCAACUAAGGGAGAGUGAGUGAGAGUGAGAGUGAGAGUAGCAUUCCUCAACAGUGAACAAAAACUCUCCCAUUCAACAAUGCUCCAAAAAACCUGCAUUUUCCUAAUCUCACUUCUUUGUUCCUUUUUUCCCCAUGGAACAUCAAUGUUUAACCUUACUCUCCCUGCUCAACAUCCAGACCCUGAAGCUGUUGCCAUUCAAGUUCACAGGCAAGUGAAUGCUUCAAUGGGAAGAAGGGAAAUGCUAGCAACAUCAGAGAAAGAACUAUCAUCCUGUCUAACAGGAAAUCCAAUUGAUGAUUGUUGGAAAUGUGACAGAGAUUGGUCCAACAAUCGUCAAAGACUAGCUGAUUGUGCAAUUGGGUUUGGACAAAAUGCCAAAGGAGGAAAAGGUGGCAAAUUCUACAUUGUUACAGAUUCCUCAGACAAUGAUCCUGUGAAUCCAAAACCUGGUACACUUAGAUAUGCUGUGAUACAAAAUGAACCUUUGUGGAUUGUGUUUCCUAGUAACAUGAUGAUUCAGUUGUCACAAGAGCUUAUUUUUAAUAGCUACAAAACCAUUGAUGGGCGUGGUGCUGAUGUUCAUAUUGUUGGUGGUGGAUGUAUUACUCUUCAAUAUAUUACUAAUGUUAUUAUACAUAACAUUCAUAUUCAUCAUUGUCAUCCAUCUGGUAACACUAACGUGCGGUCGAGUCCAGAACACUACGGGUUCCGAACAGAAUCAGACGGAGACGGAAUCUCAAUAUUCGGAUCAAGCAACAUAUGGAUAGACCACUGCACACUCUCACGUUGCAAAGACGGUUUAAUUGACGCCGUUAUGGGUUCAACCGCAAUAACAAUCUCCAACAACCAUUUCUCACACCACAACGAGGUUAUGCUCUUAGGCCACAGCGACCACUACACUCCCGACUCUGCAAUGCAAGUCACUAUUGCAUUCAACCACUUUGGUCAACAAUUGGUUCAACGCAUGCCACGUUGCAGGCUUGGUUACAUCCACGUCGUCAAUAACGAUUUCACCCGAUGGGAGAUGUAUGCUAUUGGUGGAAGUGCGGGUCCCACUAUUAACAGUCAAGGUAACCGAUAUAUGGCUCCUGAGGAUGUUGAUGCGAAACAAGUGACGAAGAGGUUGGAUACGGGCGAAGGAGAAUGGAGUUCUUGGAAUUGGAGAUCGGAAGGCGAUGUUAUGGAGAAUGGAGCAUUUUUUGUUAAGUCCGGUGGUGAAAGUGAAAGUAUGUAUCAGAAAGCUUAUAGUUUUGAUCCUAAAGCUGUUGAUAGGAUUUCUUAUCUCACUAUGGCUGCUGGUGUUCUUGGUGUUGCUAGGGAUAAUAAUAUGGGAAUGUGGACAAGAGCACCAAACGGUGGUGGUGAUUAUUCUAUGUCAUAUUCCGGACCAGACUACACAGAUGAAAUGUCACAGACUACAAUGUCGUUCACCCAUUCACUUACUUUCACUAUUGUUUCUGUUUUUGUUGUACUUUUAUGUUUGUUGUCUCAACCAUCGCCCCUAACUAUUGAUCUUUAACAUCCAAAAACAAACAAGCAUCUUCAAUUUUAUUGGUGCUGUUUAUUGACUCUUAUUCAAGUGAAAAGACACUGCCCCUUAAGAUCGGGCGUUGUUGAGGA